AUGGCUGAAUCCGCACCGGCCGAUAGACGUGGUGGUUUUGGACGUGGUCGUGGUCGUGGUGGCCGCGGUCGCGGCCGUGGACGCCGUGGUGACGAAAAGACUGAAUGGGUUCCUGUGACUAAGCUUGGUCGUCUCGUAAAGGCUGGCAAGAUUAAGAGCAUGGAAGAGAUCUACACCUUCUCGUUGCCUAUCAAGGAAUACCAAAUUGUCGACUACUUCCUCCCAUCUCUCAAGGAUGAGGUUAUGAAGAUCAUGCCUGUUCAAAAGCAAACCCGUGCCGGUCAACGCACUCGUUUCAAGGCUUUCGUUGUCAUUGGUGACUCGAAUGGUCAUGUUGGUUUGGGUGUCAAGUGCUCCAAGGAAGUUGCUACUGCUAUUCGUGGUGCCAUCAUUCUUGCCAAGCUCUCGGUUAUUCCUGUCCGCCGCGGUUACUGGGGUACUGCUCUUGGUGAACCCCAUACUGUGCCUUGCAAGGUCACUGGCAAGUGUGGCUCUGCUCUUUGCCGUUUGAUCCCUGCUCCUCGUGGUGCUGGUCUCGUUGCUGCUCCUACUCCCAAGAAGGUCUUGCAACUUGCUGGUAUCGUCGAUUGUUACACUACCUCGCGUGGUUCCACUCGCACUCUUGGUAACUUUGUUAAGGCUACCUUCGCUGCUAUUGGUAACACCUAUGGUUUCUUGACUCCUGAUCUCUGGUCCAAGACCGAGUUCACCAAGGCUCCUUACCAGGAACACACCGACUUCCUUGCCCAAAAGCAACGCAAGUAG